AUGAACCCAAUCUUAGCUCCAUCCGUUUCCACUACUUCCAACUACAGCAAUACUGCUAAUACAAAUAAUACCAACAUGAUGGAUGCAUCAGCUAUCAAUGGUGGUGCUAAUGCCACCUUAGAUAUUUGGAUGCAGCAAGAUCUGCUGAACAACACGCAACAAGGUAUUCCGGUAUCAAGAGGCAUUGUUCCAAGUCAAAACUUGACAAGUUACAAUAACAACAAGACUACUGCUAAUAACCAGCAGGGAAAAAAUGAUUCUGCUAACAACAUUCCAGAAUGGUUUAAUCCAGUAGAUGACAAUAACUGUACCUCUGCCUCGAGUUCAUCCAUUGCUUCGCCUUUAAGUGAUCAAUUAUUUAUGGCUACUAAUGCAUCUCAUAAUGUCUUAUUGAAUUCGAAUACUUCAUUUUUUGCCAGUAGUGCUAUGGUUGACAAUAGUAAUAAUAUCAACGCAUUAAUGGAGAAUGAUGAUGAAAACAAUGAUGCUUCUAAUGAUAGAAUGUUUAGUGCUCCUUCUUCCUAUGAUAACUCUCCUUCUAAUUUACCAAUGAUUAAAAAGGAAGAAAAUAAUACUAUUGAUGCUAAUCUACAAUCGAAUAUUAAUAUUAAAACGGAAUUUACUGAUUUAUUUUCUAGUUUUGAUGUAUUGUCUGAUAGUGUCAGUAGUACUACCAACAAUGAAACUUUAACUAGAUCACUUAAUGAUGAUAACUUAGAUGCUAAUAUUGAUAGUAUUACCAAUAAUGUAUCUUUAACGGAAACCUCUCCUUCUGAAACUACUUCUGUUCCACAAAUAAAUCAAAAAAAGAGAAGAACAACUAGAAAAAGAUUAACUCCUCAUCAAAAGGAGGCUCAUAAUAAAAUAGAAAAACGUUAUAGAAUUAAUAUUAAUACUAAGAUUGCUAAAUUGCAGCAAAUCAUACCUUGGGUUGCUAGUGAACAAACUGCAUUUGAAGUGAAUGAUAUGGGCAAUAAAAACAUGAACAAUAACAACCCAUUAUAUCAAAAUCCAAAUAAUGCCACCAGGCUAAAUAAAAGUAUGAUUUUAGAGAAAGCAGUUGAUUAUAUCCUAUAUUUGCAGAAUAAUGAAAGAUUAUAUGAAAUGGAAGUCACAAGACUAAAGAACGAAGUGGAGGCUUUGAAAAAUCAAAAGUAA